AGCGGAAGUGACGUAGACAGAACGUUCCGUUCUCUUUCUGCUGCAGGAACCGUGGCGGCUGAGCCAACCUGGUGUGCCUUCUGACCUUUGCCUCUGUCUCGUUGAGAGGCCAUCAAGUAUCUUCCUGCGGCAGAACACACUUCCGGUCUCGGCCCGGACGGGAUGUUGCCGCUGGUGCUGCUGUUACCCCUCUGUUGGGCAGUAGAAGUUAAGAGACCCCGGGGCGUUUCCCUCAGCAACCAUCACUUCUAUGACGAAUCGAAGCCUUUCACAUGUCUGGACGGCACAGCCACUAUCCCAUUUGAUCAGGUGAACGACGAUUACUGCGACUGUAAGGACGGUUCCGAUGAGCCUGGCACAGCUGCUUGUCCCAAUGGCAGCUUUCACUGCACCAACACGGGGUACAAGCCUUUGUACAUCCUCUCCAGCCGGGUCAACGACGGCGUGUGUGACUGCUGCGAUGGCACAGACGAGUACAACAGCGGCACGGUCUGCGAGAACACCUGCAGAGAGAAGGGUCGCAAGGAGAAAGAGUCCCUGCAGCAGCUGGCCGAGGUCACCCGAGAAGGGUUCCGCCUAAAGAAGAUGCUCAUUGAGGACUGGAAGACAGCGCGGGAGGAAAAGCAGAGUAAGCUUCUUGAGCUGCAGGCUGGCAAGAAGUCUCUGGAAGACCAGGUAGAAGCCCUGCGGACCGCGAAAGAAGAAGCAGAGAGGCCCGAGAAGGAGGCCAAGGAGCAGCACCGGAAGCUGUGGGAAGAGCAACAAGCUGCUGCCAAGGCCCGGCGGGAACAGGAGCUGGCAGCCAGUGCCUUCCAGGAGCUGGACGACAACUUGGAUGGCCUGGUCUCGCUGGCUGAGUUACAGACUCACCCGGAACUGGACACAGAUGGAGAUGGAGGGCUGUCUGAGGAGGAGGCCCAGGCCCUUCUCAGUGGAGACACACAGACGGACGCUGCCUCCUUCUAUGACCGCGUAUGGGCCGCCAUCAGGGACAAGUACCGCUCUGAGGUCCCGCCCACUGACACACCUGUUCCGGAGGUGACUGAACCCAAAGAGGAAAAGCCACCAGUGUUGCCACCCACAGAGGAGGAGGAAGAGGAGGAGGAGGAGCCUGAAGAAGAGGAGGAGGAAGAGGAGGAGGAGGUGCAGGGGGAGCAGCCCAAGGAGACCCCGACCCCACUGCAGCCCCCGCAGCCUCCCAGCCCCUCUGAGGAUGAAAAGAUGCCACCGUAUGAUGAGGAGACACAGGCUGUCAUCGAUGCUGCGCAGGAGGCCCGGAACAAGUUUGAGGAAGUGGAACGGUCCUUGAAGGAGAUGGAGGAGUCCAUCAGGAGUUUGGAACAGGAGAUCUCCUUCGAUUUUGGACCCUCUGGAGAGUUUGCGUACCUCUACAGCCAGUGCUAUGAGCUCACCACCAAUGAGUACGUCUACCGGCUUUGUCCCUUCAAACUGGUCUCCCAGAAACCCAGACAUGGGGGCUCCCCGACCAGCCUGGGCACGUGGGGCUCCUGGGCUGGCCCUGAUCACGACAAGUUCAGUGCGAUGAAGUACGAGCAGGGCACUGGCUGCUGGCAGGGCCCCAACCGCUCCACCACAGUGCGCCUGCUGUGUGGCAAAGAGACUGUGGUGACCAGCACCACGGAGCCCAGUCGCUGUGAGUACCUCAUGGAGCUCAUGACACCAGCAGCCUGCCCAGAGCCGCCACCAGAGGCGCCCAGUGACGGGGACCACGAUGAGCUGUAGCCGAACCUCAAGGCCUGCGACCAGUCUACUGAUCCUGAAGUCUGCGGACCAAGGCCCGCCCGCCCUGGGGUUCCUGGCCGUCCUCCAGGCAGCAGGAACCCCGAGCACUUGUGGCGCAGGCUAGCCCAGCGCCCUGAGGCCCCAGCGGGCCCAGUGGAUGAUGAGCUCACCUACCCUUCUCCUGAGGGGAGGAGCUAAUUCCUGCAUCCACCUCACCCUGCCUCCCCAGCCCGCGGGAGAUGAAUGGAUGACUUGACCUGUGACCUCAGAACAAUAAAUGUGACUAGUCCACA